AUGGAGCCCUCUCCCUCUAUGAACUUGACAAUGCAGCAUGGAGAUGAGGAGGAGGAGCAACAUCCCCUCCUUCCAUCAAAAGUGGUCCCUCCCCCUCUUGCUUUUGGCAUCCAGUGCGGAAGAAACUACUCAUGUCAAAAAGGGGGAGAUCACUCAGUGUGGCUCGAUGGAACCCAGUCAUCACCCACCCUCUCAUAUUACAACGGCUGCCAAUAUGUGUCACCCUCACCCCGCUCCUCGCCCCGAAGGGGAGACAAUGAGGAAAAGGUUAGCGGGAAGGAGGUCUACAAGGAAAAGAGAGGCAAGAAGCCAGCAGGGAAUGAACAGAAUGCAGGGCACAAGGAUCGGAUUUGGGGGAGUAAAACCAAAAAGGCAAGCCCACAGAGGCGCCAGCAGGACAUGACAUCCACUCAGUCACCCUACAAAGGACUCCGCAUGUCUCAAAUGGACUUAAGGGAAACAGAAAGUGGGCCACCCAGUGAAGGAGGUCGAAGGCUAGAGGUCCCAUCAAUGAAGAUGCAGGACCGCCAGAGUCUACCUGAGAUCAUCAUUACAACCAAAGAUGACUACCAGCCACAUUCCCCCAACCAAACACCCAGUUCUGACAAGAAUCACCCGAAGUCUGAGGCCAAGGGCGCCUAUGGUGGAGGUGAGGAGACCAGUGGUGCGCAUCACAAGGAUGGUGUCCAUAACUGCCCUCACAAGAAGACCCAGAGCAUCGGUCGUAGGCUGGUCCGCCGAAGGGCGCUGUUUGAGAGGAGGCAGAGGCUGAAUGACUGUGCACUCGCUGUGGGGAUGUUUGGAGUGGUGGUCAUGAUCACCGAGAUAGAGCUCUCCUGGAGUGUCUACAGUAAGAGCUCUAUAUACUCUAUGGUUAUGAAGUCUGUUAUCAGCCUGUCCUCUCUCAUCCUGCUGGGUCUGGUCAUUGCCUACCACAUCUGUGAGGUGCAGCUCUACAUCCAUGACAACGGAUCAGAGGACUGGCAAAUUGCCAUGACAACGGAGCGGGUGAGCCUGAUCGCCCUUGAGCUGUUUGUUGCGGCGGUGCACCCGUUCCCAGUGGGUCUCCCAUUGUCAUGGCAAGCCAUGUCCCCCACGCUGUCAGAGACGGAGCUGGAGAUCGUGCUGGCUCUACCCAUGUUCCUGCGACUCUACCUCCUGGGUCGUGCCUUGAUGCUGCACAGCCGACUCUACACAGACACCGCCUCGCGCAGCAUUGGCGCCCUCAACAAGAUCCACUUCAACAGCCGUUUUGUGGUCAAAACCCUGAUGACCAUCUACCCUGGCACUGUGUUGAUGAUCUUCAGCGUCUCUCUGUGGCUAGUUGCUGCCUGGGGCCUACAUGUCUGUGAGAGACACCACAACUAUAAGGACCUGAGCAGUAACUACAUGGAGGCCCUGUGGAUGGUCUCGGUCACCUUCUUGUCCAUUGGUUACGGGGAUGUUGUUCCCCACACCUACUGUGGCCGCAGCAUCUGUCUACUCACUGGCAUCAUGGGGGCUGGUUGCACAGUGCUGGUGGUUGCUGUGGUUGCCAGGAAACUGGAGCUGACUAGGGCAGAGAAACAUGUCCACAACUUCAUGAUGGACUCCCACUUUACAAAAGGGAUAAAAAUUGCUGCAGCAAAUGUACUGAGAGAGACUUGGAUGAUCUACAAACACACCAAGCUUGCCAGGAAGAGAGACCACUGCAGAGUACGCAUGCACCAGAGGAAGCUGCUACUCGCCAUCCACCAGCUGCGUGAUGUGAAGAUGGAGAGGAGGAAGUUGGCUGACCAGGCCAACAUGCUUGUGGAUCUCUGCAAGAUGCAGAAUCUGAUGUAUGACAUGCUGUCCGAGGUGAGUGGAUUACGAGGGGACCUGGAAACACACAUAAACAGUCUGCAGCAGAAUGUGGAGGAGCUGAGAGAAGGCUUCAGGACCCUGAUACCCCUCCUCUCCAGCACCCUCUCCACACAGAACUCUUCCAUCCGCCACCUGCUAAGGGAGAGGGAAGAGCAGGCAGACACGGAGAAUGGGAGGGCAGGAUAGGUAAGAUAGCAAG